UGAUGAAUUCAUUAUCCGACGCGGAUUUGCUUACUGCGAAGUUGGGUGCUUAUCGGCGGGGCGACAACCUGGCGGCGCGAAAAACACCAAUUACCUUCUGGUACCUACUUCGAAAAGUGUAAUCAAUGAAAAGGUCUGAAUUCGCAGCUAAUAUUGGACUUUCAAAUUACAAGUACUUUCGUUCGUAGUUUGUGAUGCUGAAAACUUCAGCGAUGGCCUCACUCAAAAACGACCCGAAACGCAGACAAAGAGAUGGCGUUAUCAGCAGCCUCCGGGACCUCUUCGGCAACGUCCUCCACAUCGACAUCAUCUGCUCCGUCGCAUCCGAAUGCGACUUCGACGUUGAAAGAUCCUCCAACGUGCUCCUGGAGAUGACCAACAACAUCGACGCCCCGCCGAAGCCGAAGGAGAAACCGAAGAAAAAGUCCCCGCAGCAUGCCGCCUCCCCGAAGAAAGCCGAACCGUCCACGAAAGCGCAGCCCGCGGUGGUUAAGUCGCGCAAGACGAUCGAGUACGAGCGCGUUAUCAACUUAAUCCGGUCGGGGUACAAGGUGCUGGUGAUCCUGCGGGGAGUUCCCGGGAGCGGGAAGUCCCGGCUGGCUGUGGGCAUCACGGACGUUACGCUGGGGCCGGGGAACAACAGCCACCACAUUUUGAGCACGGAUGACUUUUUUGUGCAGCAGAGGGGGUACGUGUACGACCCGAGUAAGCUGCAGGAGGCGCACGGGUGGAACCACCGGAGGGCGUUCCAAGCGAUGAGUCGGGGGAUGAGUCCGGUGAUUAUCGACAAUACUAACACGCAGAUGUGGGAGAUGAAGCCCUACGCCAUGAUGGCGACGGAUUAUGGGUACAUUAUUGAGAUCCUGGAACCGGAUACCUGGUGGGUGUUCAAUGACAAGGAACUAGCGAAACGGAACUCCCACGGAGUGCCGAGGGCCAAAAUCCGGGAUAUGUUGGAUCGGUACGACAAGAACGUGACCACGCAAAAGUUGCUGUGCGCGUAUAAUUUGUCCUACAAGUUCCAGAAACCGCCGCCCCCGGUGGUGAAUAAUGGAUUUGUGCCCUUUAGAUUCCAGCAACAAAACGGCUUCGUCGAAAACGUCCCCAAAUCAAAAAGCACCUCAGCCCUGGACCAAACCACCAUGGACGUCGAAAUGGGAAACCUGAUGGAGUUCUCCGAAAUACCCAAAGACACCGACAAAGAAAGCGACCAAAAAGAAAACCCAGACUUCUGGAAUUCUAAUCCCGUCGACGACAUCCUAAUGUGCACUGAAGAAACCCGCGUGGAAAUCCUGCAACCAGUAAGCGCAAACAAAAACCGACCUAAACCGUUCCCGGACAUAGAAAACGCGUGGGGGGUAGACGAGAAAGCGCUACAGUCAUGGGACAUUGUGACACCAGUCAAGUGCGACUUCAACCAGGCUUCGGUGGAAGUAGAUAACAAGGAGGAAGCCAAACCGGAAACGAGAGACGGCAGCACGUGCAUCGAAGGGCGCGAUUAUUUGAAAAACGGGCAGAUUCCGUUCGGUUUUAGAGUCGUGGUGGCGGAAAAUCGCGACAUCAAUGUCGGAUCGCCGGCUAGAAAUUUCGCCCCGCCAAAGAAAACCAUGGUGGAUCAGAGUUGCAUGACGGUGGAUGUUGUUGAAGAGGAGGAGAAUGAAGAGAAACGGGUCAAGGACCUUUUGGAUUUGUUUCCGAAGGUGCCGCGGUCUUCUUUGCGCGAGUUGUUUUAUAAAUGCAACAGGAAUUUCUACUGGACGGUCGAUCUACUUCUGGAUGACGAUAAUCUAGAAGUGGCUGCUGCGAAAGAGGAAGAUACAGAAGAAAAACACGAAGAAAGUGAGGAGAAGACAGACGAGCAAUCGAUAUUUAUUGAGUCGUCUGGUGAAGAAGACAAGGAAGACUCGACUAAAGAAAAAAUGUUUAAAAAGAAGACGGUUUCUGAAGACUGUCUAGAAUUGAAGACGUGUCUUGAGAGUAAGUUUAAUAUAAGUAAAGAACAUUACUCGGAGCACGUUUAUAAAGUGAAGCAGACUAAAUUCGGGGGUCCAAUUUCUGAACCGGAACCUCAGCCGUCUACUUCGUCUGCAAUAGUGGUCGAUUCUGACUCUGAUCUAGAUUCAGAUGACGAUUAUUCUAACAAUGAUGACCCGAAACAUAUGAUUGAAUUAAAUUUGGGGGACACUUUCGUCGACCAGUUGGAAACUUUGUUUGGUGGAGAUUUCCCCAGAGGGUUCCAGCCGGUGGUACAAAUGCCUAUUGCUCUAGCCCGACAAAUCUAUAGCUUCUAUGUUGAAUCCAUCUGUCAACAGAUGGAAACCCAAAACCAUAUCUUAGACCGUCUAGUCAAGGAAGAUGAAGAGUUUGCUAGAAAAUUGCAGCGUGAAGAAGUGCCUCAAACUACCACCAGAGCUCCAACUUUCACUGAAAUCAUGGAUGAGCAAAUCGCUAUGAAUCUACACCAGAAAGAUGUAGAUGAUUGGAAAAAUAUGACAGCCGAUAAUCUAGCUUCGAAAUUGACUAAACAAAAACUGUUCCAAGCUUUUCCAAAGGUGGAAAGGGACAUUUUACUGGAAGUAUGGCACGCCUAUGAUUAUGAUUAUAAUAAAACUGUGGAAGUUUUGAUCGCUUCUGUGGGGGCGGAGAACGUGAAUGGAACAGAAGGGAUAAAAGAUCCCCCAUUGAGUAAAACGACUUUGGAAGAAAUGAAAGCAGCUGAAGAAAAUUGUGGCGAACUUGAGGAACCUGAGGACCCCAAACCCGCGACGUACUACAGAGAAGAAGCCAAUAAACACUUGAAGAAACGAUCCGAAUUAUAUGAGAAAGCCAAGGCUUCGUAUCAAAGAGGAAUGACCGAAGUCGCAAUGUUCUAUUCAGAAUUGGCAAAAAGGGAAACUCGGUCGUACGAUAAAGCUAAUCAUUUCGCGGCUGCCGCUUUUAUAGAAGAACAUUCUAAAAGACUUCAAAAGUUCGAUACUCUAGAUCUUCACUACUUCUACGUGAAGGAAGCCAUUCCAAACUUGGACAUAUUCAUAGAUAGAAACAUAAAUUUGUUGAAAGGUAGUUCCAAAAGGGGACAAGAUUUAUUUGUUAUUACAGGAAGGGGUAAAAAUAGCGAAGGGGGUCGUUCUAAAAUUAAACCCGCAGUUAUGGCUAGGCUGCAAAAACGUAAAAUUGGGUACGUUCAGCUUAAUCCAGGAUUGUUGAAGAUCCGAGUCCUGCGGGACUCCCUAAUAACAAGUGAUAUACCGUAAUUUUAUAAUUUCUACAUAUUUUUGUAUCGUUUGUUUAAAUACUAAAUGUCAAUUUUUGAGAAUUUUAUAUUGUGACACCACCAACAUCGACCCAUUUCCAGGGUUUAUAGUACAAAUGGUUGUGUUAAAGUACCUGCGGAAAUGCUUUUUAUUUUUGAAAUUUGUGCACAUGUGUUUUAUUUCGUGGAUGCCAAAUGGUAUUGCUCAAAUUUUUAUUUAACACUCCAUAUGUGGCAAUCUUCGUGUGACAAAUGCACGGUUUUUGUUGGAUUGGAUGAAUAAAUUUAAAAGUAUUCACGUAAUUGGAGUUUUGUAAAAAUUAGUUUGCAAUUAGUGUAAGUCACGAUCUUUUAAAUUUAUUCAUGUAAGGUCGCAUUUGUGUUCACCUAAUAAUGUUGUUUAAUUAUUUUAAUGACUUAUCCAAGCCAUUUUUCUAGUUUGUAAAUUAUGGAACAUCUGGCUGCUUAUAGUUGUGGUUUUGAAACGCUGAACGUCCAAUAUCUUGCCACAAAGGUUCGUUGUUUCAAAAGCGGAACUAUGCUGCAAUGGCAGAUGUGUAUUGUUGCAAAUUAUAAUUUUUUUAUACAUUUUUAAGAAAUAUAUUUUAUUAUGUGAAUUGUG